AUGCCAUUGAUCAACCAUGAAAUUCCAAGCCUACCCUGGGAAUUUGUGGGAGCCGACAUAUACUAUCACAAUGGCACCGAGUACUUGGUGGUUGUUGACUUUUAUUCUUUCUUUUUUGAAAUCAGGCCUGUGAAGACGACAGCCGACAAGGUGAUUGCUGCUUUCGCAGACAUAUUCGCCACUCAUGGCUUCCUGCAGCGCCUAUGCACGGACAAUGGACCGCCAUUCAGCAGCCAGAGCUUUCGUGAAUUUGUCGGUAAGAUUGGCUUGCACCAUGUUCGUUCCAGUCCGUAUCACCCUCGAUCAAACGGAAUGGCUGAACGUGCUGUGCAAGAAGCCAAAAAAUUGCUGAAGAGGUAUCGGUACGGCACAGUGGAUUUUUGUGCUGCAUUGCUGGAGUGGAGAAACACGCCUCGCGAUUCCUAUUUGAAAUCUCCCAUGCAGAGACUCAUGGGCCGGCAGGCGAGGACGCUGCUACCAGUCACAGAAACCCACCUGCGACCGCAGACCAUACCCCCUGAGGAGGUUCAACGGCGGCUCCACGACAUCAGAAGUAGACAACGUUCCUUCUACAACAGAGGUACUAGGCCGCUACCAGGAAUUCCCGAUGGCUCCCGCGUCACAGUGUACAACGUGCCAUCAAAGACCUGGUCCCCUGCUACGGUUGUCAAGCCUGCCAACACUCCGAGAGCCUACAUUGUCGAGACCGAAGAUGCAGCGCACCAGAGAACAUCUCCGUCUGGCCCCCGCUCCACUGGUGCCCCCCACACAAGAACAUCAAGCCGACGUGGGCCCCACAGAGCCACAACUGCGCAGAAGCGAACGUAA